AUGGUGAGGGGUCUGGAAACCAAGUCGUAUGAGGAAUGGUUGCAAGAGAUGGGCAUGUUUAACCUGAAGAAGAGAAGACUAAGGGCAGAUAUGAUUGCCAUCUUCAAAUAUCCAAGGUGCUACUUCUGCGGGGGCUGGAGAAGCAAGAAAUUAUUUGCAGACUCACGUUCUGACUUCCCUGAAGCCCUUUUGAUGUUCAGGAUGGACCAGGCAAACAUGACCAGUACCAUCCUUGCUACUGAAAGCUCGAAGCCUGUUAUGCCCGCUUCUGAGAAGAGUGGCAAUGAAUACUUCUAUAUCCUGAUAGUGAUGUCUUUCUAUGGAAUUUUCCUAAUGGGAAUCAUGCUGGGCUACAUGAAGUCAAAGAGGAAAGAAAAGAAAUCCAACUUACUGCUGCUAUACAAAGAUGAGCAGAGGGAGUGGGGCCAAGCUGUCAAGUCCCUGCCAACUGUCUCAGGACUGAGGUCGGUCCAGAUUCCAAUGAUGUUAAGCAUGCUGCAAGAGAGCAUGGCCCCAGCGCUCUCCUGCACCCUCUGCUCCAUGGAGGGCAGCAGUGUCAGUGAGUCUUCCUUGCCAGAUGUGCACCUCACCAUUGAAGAAGAGGUCCCUGAUGCUGAACUGGUGGAAACAGCUGGUGCAGCCCUCCUGAAUGACAGCAGCGAAGGCUCUUCAGAAAGCAUCCACCAAAAUUCCUAGCACUAGCAGGCACUAGAAACGCACCAUCUUUCGAAGAGGUAGAAAAAGUAAAGGCUAUACUUUCCAGUUUUGCCUCCUGCCCUGAUCAUCUACCAUCAAGAAUGGAAGGGGCAGCCAACCUGUUGUUAGAAGCGUGACGUAAGAGGCACCAAACACACAUGUAUCUGAGCAGUCCAUUUGUAGGUAUAAUGGAAUGCCUUAUUAAGGGGGAGUAUGUCUCCUCUGGAAAAUAUCCAUUUGCAUAGCCUCUUCUCACUUCCGAAUUCUGUAAGUGUGGGACACUUGCAUUUUGACAGUUAGCCUCAUUUACCCUGUAAAACUGCAGAAUUCCUCGAGGAGGCCCCCAGGACUAAAAGAGAUGUGUUAAGAAAGACCUCCACUUGUUAUGGACAUGUGGACAUCAAAGGCAGGAAUUGUGCAAUGUAAUAGGAUGAUCUUGGCUUCACUACAGCACAAAUGAAUUUGUAACUGUAUGACAUGUGCAGCUCCAUGGAAAUAGACUUGCAUGAAUCUAUCUAGCAAAAGGUGCCUUUGGGACCAAGAGUGGUGGAAGCACCAGUGAUGGAAAUAAAGGAGCAUAUUUUUAUGUCAGCAGAGCCUGUGGCUGCAGUCUGAGGCCAUUCCACCCUUAAUGGUGUUUUUACCAAGUAAACCCAGUGACAUGGAGGAAGGCUUGCAGCUUCUAACUCCACAAAAGGAGCUUUAGAUCAGGCUUGGUUGACAGCCUCCAUCUCGCCUCUUGAUACAAUAAUUUGUUGCAAGAAUUUUUGCUACAGUCUAACGAUGAUUACGGCUCAGUUCUUCCAUCACAUCAAAACAUGGCUUAGAACUACGCCUGCUUACUGAGCAAAGAGGCACCUUUAAAAAGUGGUGAUUCUCUUAUGUUUAUCAGGGGGAGAGCAACUGGCCUUAUCGAUCCCCUGCACAGUACCCCUCCAGAGGUUGUUGCUGGUGUCUAUCUUAUGUUUCUUUUAAGACUGUGAGCACUUUUAGGACAGGGAAGCAUCUUAUUUAUUAUUUAUUUUCCAAUGUAACCACUUUGAACAUUUUGUUGAAAAGUGGUACAUAAAUAUUUGUAGACAAAUCACAGUUUAGAGCUGCUCCUUGUCUGUUUUUGUUUCUUUAGUGCAGGGUCCUCUGGAGAUGGAGCAAUGGACAACCUGUCAAUUCAAAGAUUGUGCCAAGCCAUUUGUUAGCACAAAACACAGUUUGCAAAUGCAGUUGAGUGUGAUUCCUCAUUCUAGUUUGCUGGCUGAUUGCAAACGUGGCAUAUCAGUUCAGACACCACGCCAAACCAUAGCCCAACUUCUUUUAGUAUGGUUUGAUGCAGUGUCUGAAAUGAGCCAUUGGCAUGAUUUUUGCUAGUUAAACAGCUGCCCAGUUUGGGUGAUUGCUUCCACUGUGCAUUUGCACUAACAUCAAUGUUUGGAUUGGUCUUGGAAGCCUGAGAACAGAAAUACUGCCAAAAUGUCUCUCUGAGUUUUCGAGUUAAAAUAGCUUGGGAACAUAGUCAUUGCUUUUAAAGUCUGGGGUAGUCUGGGAAAAUGAAGCAUGCAAACUGAACUGGCACAAAUGAGGUGAAAAGUCCUUUUUUUUUACUGCCAUUUUCAUGCAAGUUCGGUAUGACCUAAUCCAGGGGUUCUCAAGCCUGGGUUGCCAGAUGUUGUUGUGCUACAUGGAUAGGAUUAAGUGAUUAAAGAGAAUUGUCACUUUCAGUUCAAGCCUAUGCAUGUUUACUCAGAAGUAAAGCCCACUGUGUCUAACAGCACUUACUCCCAUGUAAGUUUGCAUGGGGUUGUAGAUUUUGCUCCCUGGCAGGGAUCAUUUUACUCUCAGAGAAGCUUCACUGAGGACUGGCUGCAAAUCCCAUGACAGGCAAUGGGAAUAUUUCUAUCAACUUUGCUGAUCAACCCACAAGCACCAACUAUGUGUUACUUCAUUCAAAGAGGGGCUGUUUAAGUGCACAAAGAAGCCAAAUUACUUUUGGCAUUUUGUCUGGAAUCACUUGAAUCCUGUAACUUUCCCACUGAGACUGAUGUGAGCUAUCAUGUUUGUUCUUUCAUUGCUUUAUCUUACUUUCUUUCAUUUUAAUAUAAUAUUUUCUUGCUUCAAAAGACAGAUAGUUAUGUAAAUAGUUUGAUACCAAACUGUAUUUAUGUGUCUUGUGUAUUUAAGUUUAACUAUUCCUUUCUGAUAACAUUAAUUUUUAUUUAAAUAAACAGUUCACUUUU